AAUUGAAGCCACCACCCUCCAGGGGAAGAGCUCGGGGCCCCUUUGCUGACCCAGACUUCCUGUGUCUGAUAGAAAAACCCGCAUUGGGCUGCGCUAGGAGUAACUCGGGGUAGAGAAUUAUUUGUUGUCAAGGUCCGCAUCGCUUCAUCGUGGUAUAGUCAAGAUACAGGUUACAGAGACGAAAAUAAUAAAUCCCCAAUAACGAUAAAUAAGUAAAAAUAUUUUGGAGGUCUGUUCAAAGGAGACUGGUAGCCCGGCUGUGUCCCACAGUCUGCCUGUUGAUUACCCUUGGGGUGACUAGUCCACACUGACUGUCCUCUCCCCCUUCCCUGCUACUCAGUUUUUGUCCAAGUCCCUUUCCUGUGUUGUCAGUUUUGACUUAUCCAGGUGCAACAGGGAACUCUUAAGAUACAUAUAACUCUAAUUUCUCUCCUCUGGCAAGUAAAACGCUAGAAGAAAAAUCUUUAGGGGACCUCAGAUGGCAGCAGGAGAAAAUAAUCUAUCACCCUAACUGCUUAGCUCAGUAAUGACAUUUGAAGAGGGACACUUGCUACUAGCCACCAUGUUUGUUCUAGUGGAGAUGAUGGAUACGGUACGGAUUCCUCCGUGGCAGUUUGAAAUGAAACUCAAUGACUCCAUUGCCGAAGAGCUAAAUAAGAAGUUAGCUAACAAGGUUGUGUACAAUGUUGGCCUCUGCAUCUGUCUGUAUGACAUCACAAAGCUGGAAGACUCGUACAUAUUUCCUGGGGACGGUGCAUCGCACACUAAAGUACAUUUCCGGUAUGUGGUAUUCCAUCCCUUUCUGGAUGAGAUUCUGAUCGGGGAGAUUAAAGGCUGCAGUCAGGAUGGAGUUCAUGUUUCUCUUGGUUUCUUUGAUGACAUUGUCAUCCCUCCAGAGUCCCUGCAGCAGCCAGCCAAGUUCGAUGAAGCAGAGCAGGUCUGGGUGUGGGAAUAUGAGACAGAAGAAGGGGCUCAUGACCUGUACAUGGACACGGGGGAGGAGAUCCGCUUCCGGAUAGUGGAUGAGAACUUUGUUGACACAUCUCCUACAGGUCCAAGCUCCACAGAGGCCUCCACCUCUGGUGCCACAGAAGAGAUACAGAAGAAGGAGGCACCCUACACUCUGGUGGGAUCUAUCAGUGAGCCUGGCCUGGGUCUCCUCUCAUGGUGGACAAACAGUUAGCAGCAGUCAGAACUUGUUCUGCAUGGACCCUACAGGAUGGAUGCUUUUGGGGAUUGCAAGAGCCAGCUGGGGCCCGGCUCCCCCUCCAGGCAGUGGAUAAGAAAGCAGGGCUUCCAUGUUCCUGUCUGCUCCCACCUGGUCAAGCUGAUAACUGCC